CACACUCUGGAGAACCAGGAGAAAUCCGACUACCUUCAGGCCGUCAAAUGCUUAUUCGAAUCACCCGCCAAAACGGGCAUUAAGGAGCCUUCCUUCCUUGGCACCGCCUCUUCCUUCGUCUCCACGAAAUCCUUCUCCAAGAGGAGUGCGGAUACACUGGGCUCUGAUGAGUUCAGCUUCGGAACCAACGGUGUCAACACCACUCAAGGCACCAACUGCGUCAUUGAUGGCCCUUUCGCCAACACCACCCUUCGCAUGGACCAAGUCUACGGCAUCGACUACUAUGACGAAUACUGCCUCUCUCGCGAGUUUAACCAGACUGCCUUUACUUUCGCCAAUCAGUCCUACGUCGACGAGUGCUACGUGAAGGAGACUUACAACGAGGCCAACUUCUGCUACGUUGAUUCCCCUCACUCUUGUGGCCACCUUGCUACUGGCGGCACCAUGGAGAACCAAAACGCCAGUCCUGGUGACCCGAUCUUCUUCUUGCACCAUGCCAACUUGGAUCGCCUCUGGUGGGACUGGCAACUCGCGAACCUCUCUUCGCGCCUCACUGAUAUGAGCGGUCAGCUCAUCCCUCCCACCUUCAUCAUGGAGCAGAACCGCUGGCUCACGCCUUCUGCGGCCUACCUCGACUACGACGGUGAUGCAGGCAACGACACCACUCUAAACCACGUUUUGUGGAUGGCUGAGAUCAUCCCUAACAAGACUAUCGCUGAUGUGAUGGAUCUGAGAUCCGAGCUCCUUUGCACGGAGUACAUUGUUGCUGAGAAAUAG